GGGGGGGAGGGGGGCGGGAAGAACCAGGAGUAGCCCGGGCAGCUUUAUCUCCUUGGUCCCGGGGCCAGCAGCGCCAGAGUGGACCGGGGCUUCGGCGGGCUUCAGGGGGGCCCAACGGCUGAGUGCGCCGCCGUCACCCAGUUACCCAACAUGAUGGUAGGUGAAGAGAAAUCUUCUAUGAGAAAUCGCUGGCUCACAUCCAAAGAAAAAGAUGAAAAAAAGAGAAGUGUCCAUAGAGAAGAGACCCUACAGACACUGCAAGAGACUCUGCAGAAGCCAGAAAAUGGUCAAUUUGACCCUGAACAGCAUAUGGCACGGAAGAUAUUGUUAACAGCAGAGGCAGAGCAGUUGAAGCCAUUUUUUAUGAAGGAAGUAGGUAAUCAUUUUGAUGAAUUUGUGACCAAUCUUAUUGAUAAAUCAACCUCACUGGAUACCUCUGGGUCUGCGACAUCCUUUGCUAUUCUCAACAGAGGGAAGAGUAACCACAGAGCUAAGGAUCUGAGAAAUCGUCCAGAAGGAAAGCUUUUUGUUGUAAGAAGGUCUAUGUUGGAUGAGCUAUUUGAGGUAGACCACAUUCGAACAAUAUAUCAUAUGUUUAUUGCCCUCCUCAUCCUCUUCAUUCUCAGCACAGUUGUAGUGGACUACAUUGAUGAAGGAAGGCUUGUCCUAGAAUUCAGUCUCUUCACUUACGCUUUUGGCAAAUUUUCAGUUGUAAUUUGCACUUGGUGGUCCAUGUUCCUGGCCACACUGAUCAUUCCUUAUUUACUAUUUGAGCGCUGGGCCAAAGGAUAUACCACGAGUUCCCGUCCAGUUGUCCAUUCUUUCUUGUAUGGGAUGCUUUUCAUGCUUUUCCAGGUUGUAGGCUUGGGAUGUGGAGCAACUUAUGUAGUAUUGGCCUAUACUUUACCACCAGCUUCCCGAUUCGUUGUCAUAUUUGAACAGGUUCGUUUCAUUAUGAAAGCUCAUUCAUUUAUUCGGGAGAAUGUUCCUCGGGUAUUGGAUGCUGCUAAGGAAAAAUCAUGCCCUGUUCCGAUACCUCAAGUCAGCCAGUACUUAUACUUUUUGUUUGCUCCUACUCUCAUCUAUAGAGACAGCUAUCCCAGGAAUCCCACAAUCAGAUGGAGUUAUGUAGCUACUCAGUUUGCACAGGUUUUCGGUUGCAUGUUUUAUGCAUAUUACAUCUUUGAAAGACUCUGUGCUCCCUUGUUUCGGAAUAUCAAACAAGAGCCAUUUAGUGUUCGGGUUUUGGUCCUGUGCAUCUUCAACUCCAUUUUGCCGGGUGUGCUGAUGUUAUUUCUUUCCUUUUUUGCCGUAUUGCACUGUUGGCUUAAUGCCUUCGCGGAGAUGUUACGCUUUGGGGACAGGAUGUUCUAUAAAGAUUGGUGGAACUCAACAUCAUAUGCCAACUAUUAUAGAACCUGGAAUGUAGUAGUUCAUGACUGGCUCUAUUACUAUGCUUACAAAGACUUCCUCUGGUUUUUCAGCAGGAGGUUCAAAACGGCCGCCAUGGUAUCUGUCUUUGCAGUGUCUGCUGUAGUGCACGAGUACGCCCUGGCCCUGUGCUUGAGCUUUUUCUACCCAGUUCUCUUUGUACUCUUCAUGUUCUUUGGAAUGAUUUUCAAUUUCAUUGCCAAUGACAGUCGGAAAAGGCCGAUUUGGAAUGUCUUGAUGUGGACGUCUCUCUUCUUGGGACAGGGAAUCCUACUGUGCUUAUACUCUCAUGAGUGGUAUGCCCGUCAGCAAUGUCCUUUAAAAAAUCCAACGUUUCUCGAUUAUGUAAGACCACGCUCCUGGACGUGUCACUAUGUAUUUUAAACACUUGGACAUAAGCUUUCUUUCUUGAUUGAAUAUGUGUGCCACCUGAUUCUGGAAAAGCAGCUGCUGUAAAAAAAAAAAAAAGAAAGAUACGCUGUAUCAAGUAAAAUCGGAUUUCUCUAAGUGACCCCGUCCAUUUAUAGGUGACAAAGCCAGUUCCAUGCCAGUCAUCUUAAUGCCAAGGUAAUGAGUCAAGUCUAGUGGAAUGCUGUUAAAGAGGAAUUUUUUUUUCCUCUUUGGGGAUAAUCUCUAAGGUACAGACAGAUUGUGGCUGAGUCAGAUCUAUCCAAAGCUUAGCAGUUGUGUCCAUCCGUUAUUUAUCUUUCUGUACUCGUUUGUUGAACGCUGUGUAUGUUUUCUUAGGUACUGACAUAGCCAAAACACAUGUAAAGAAUUAAUGCUUUGAAUAUCUGUUGUUAGCAACUUAUUUCUAUGCAUAUUGUCAUUAUGUGUAUUGAUUAAAAAUGUAUUUGAAAAGGAGAGUAACAUAUUUAAAGAGCAUAUGUCAUUGAUUUUUACAAAGAUGAUUCUUAAACUUUUUUGUGUGUUAUUAUAAAAUACGCUUAAGAAUCCACUCAGUUGAGUCAAAAAAAAAAUUCUGCAUUCAAGCUGCCAUUUCACAUUUUUCUGUUCUCUAACAUUGGCUAUGUGAUUUAUGUGACACAGAAGAAAGCUUUUCUAUUAGAAAUCCUAUAUAGGUUCACAUUCCCAAAAUUUGCAUUUAUUCCUGAGCAAGGCCUAGAAGUAGGAAGAGACAAUAGAGGGUUUGGUUUUGUUCUGGUUUGCUUUUCCUAUAACCCUCCUAAGCCAUUUGUUUCUUUUUUGCGGGGAUGAACAAGUAUUGGAAUUAUUUAUUAUGGAGCUCAUUACAUAAUAGCAAGGGCAUAGAUUUUUAGAACAACUUAGUCUGAAGACUUUGUUACUAGCAUUAGUAAGAAGGUAGCAGGCGAAUCUCUCUAAGUUGCAGAGCAGUUGCUGGUCUGGAAGCUUCCUACAUCCCAACCAAUGAAAUCGCUUGUAGACUAAAAAAAGACUUCAGUGAAUCAACAAGGAUUUAUUGAGUACUUACUCCAUGAUUGGCAUGUGUUAAGCUUUGGGGAGACAAAGGCAUUGCAAGAAACAGUCCCUGCCCACAAGGAGCUUACUGUUACUAUUAUCUAGUGAUUUAGGGUAUUUGGAAACGAAAACACACACUUUUAUAGUACAAGGAGUGCCACAGUAAUUAAAGUAACUCGGAUUUCUCCACUGGGGAUAGUAUUGUUGCUCGUAGUUUCCACUAUUAAUAAAAGUAUAUUUUAUAACCUGUUUUCUCUUCUGUGACAUGCUUCCUAUAUUCUUAUAUGAUAUUCAGAUACUACCUUAAUAUUUUUUGAUAUCUGGGACAAAUCAGCAUUGUCUUCCUUUGUGCAUUUUCAGACCUCCUAUGUUAUGAUGGGAGAGUUAGCAGUAUAACCACUAAAUUACAGUAAUGGGGAUAUAUAUCAUGGGAACAUAUGUGGGGCAGAUUGAAGACUGAGUGAAGCUUGUUCUGUCGAGUUUUGGGUUAGUCUAAGAGACCAUCAAAGCUUUUAUUACAGGGAAUAUUAGGCAGCAGGAUUAUGCUUGGUAACUAGCGUUAACUUGAGGCAUUUUCUGUGUAUGUUUUACUAGAUCUCUUAGCUUUGUGAAGGGGACAAAGAAACAGCAUUUUCUGUAUGAAUAGGAAGUUAAUUCCUGAAACAGCAGUGUCUAAAAGCAGCCUGUUCUCUGUGGUAUCUGUACCUGGGUGCUUUUCCUCCUUUCCAAGUUAAGUUGUGGUUCACAUGAUUCAGAAUCAGCUGCCAAAGCUAGAAUGAGGGCCUGUAGCCUACUUACUUCCUUUUUCCAAAAGCAUCUUUCGUAAUUUCUGUGUCUUGCUCAUUCCUUUUUGCAUUGACUGAACAUUUAUUUGCCUUUGUGCUUUUAGUAGAACUUCACGGUCUCAGUUUUUGUGUUUUUCCACUCCCACUUGAGCUGGCCCCCAAGUUCUCAGCCAAGGACUCACUCACCUUUUACCUGAGCAGCUGCUGUGUGUUGAUCUUGCUGACAUUGCCUUUUGUUUAUCUGAAGUGGCAGGUGUGUGUUUUCAUUCCGUCUUGUUUUAAAUACAUUUGUAACGUGGGAACAUUGCCCCCCACCAGUGUUGACAUUUUAGCAGUAGAUACAGUGUGGAGUUGAAACUCAGUGAGCAGCUGUGCCAAGGAACAGGCUGGUUGUCCCCCAGUGAGAAGCCUGCUGCCUGAGCCAUAGCGGCAGCUUCCCUUGUCUGGGCCAUUCACCCAUUGUACAUUAUCCACAAUGUUAUUCCAAGGAAAACUGAUGGUAUACUUCAAAGGUGAAGUUAUUUUUACAUAUUUAUCAGACUUCUGAUCCUUUGUCGUCUGAUUUUUCUGAGUGCCUCCCUUGAAUCCUCCUUUGUUCAUUGGUACUACAAUUUGUUUUUUAAACAGACAAGAUGCCUUUUUUAAACUUUGAAAUACAUGAGAAAUGGAGAAAUACCACUCACAUGAAGAAUACAAUAAAUAAAUAUAUUUGGAAAAAUA